AGCCACUGUGGCUCAAGGAAUUUUGUCUCAAGCUCCCUCAGGCCAUCCUUCUUCAAGAGCCCGCGCACGCGCGUCCCCUAACUGCUUGCGUGGGAUUCCCACAUACACGCGCUUCGAUUCACGAUGGAGGACAUGCCAUUGCCUAAAGCGCCGAUGGAGGACGCGCCGACGUCGCCGUCGGAGCUGAACCUUCCGUUUGUCAACAUCCCGAAGAUCCAGGGGUCGUUGCCACCGCCGAUGCCCGACGGCCCAUCCAUCAUGACCGAUUUCGAGAUCCCAUCGGAGGGGACCGCUUCCAAGGUGCCUGCGGUCGACGUUUGUGCGACCUGGGCGGGGAAGGCGAAGCACGCGGUCAACGACGCUGAGGUGAAGGAGGAGUGCCUGUCCGACACGCAGGAGAAGUGGGCACUGGGCGACGCCAGCACAGAGCAGGACGAGGCGAAUUGUGACGUGAGCAAGGCCGGCUCGACGCCAGAAAUUACGAGUUCAACAUAUGACGUCGAGAAUCCGCACGCGGCCAGGGAGCAGGAAGAGGUUGCACUGCGCGACGCCAGCAAGCAGAGCGAUAACGGGGGUGACGCCAGCAAGGCCAGCUCGAAAGAAUAUCGUAUAAGCCGCAAGCCGUGGCGCUUGAUCUCAAACCGACGCAGGACAACGAAAAAGUGGCACCACGGGAAGACGUCAUUGCACAAGGCUGCCUGGUAUGCUGAGUGCAUAACUUGCGGCUUGUUCUCCGUCGCAUGUCUUGUCAUGCUCUGUCUGUGGGCACGCCAUGUGAACGAGGAAUCGUUUGUGAACACCUUCUUUGUGACCGCGAUAGCGGCAAUGACAUACUUCGCGAAGUCGUGCCAUAUGGGAGACAUGGUCAUAAAGGGAGAUUUGGUGCCCAUCGCUCGCUACGUUGACUGGAUCACCACAACACCCCUGAUGUUGUAUGAGCUCUGCCACAUAGCGCACGCUACCACACCUAUGAUAAUCAUGGUCAUCAUGAGCGACUUACUGAUGCUCGCCACGGGCAUCAUCGCGGCGUUGUUGCCGUGGAAGCCGUACAAGCACUUGAAACAUGUUUGGUUUGGGUUCUCAUGUUUUUUCUAUAUCAUGCUGUUGGUGUCGCUUCAGGUUGACGUGGGGUACAAAGCAAGCAAGCAGAUCGAGGUGGCCGCCAACCUCUUCAAGCAGCUCGAGAUGCUCACUAUCGUGGUUUGGUCGUUCUAUCCGAUCAUCGUGGGCAUUGGGCGUGCGCACCUGGGCCUCAUCACGAAGCCCACCGAGGACAUCUGCCUGUGCGUCCUGGACGUCGUAGCCAAGAUCGGAAUGGAGGGGAUCAUCGUAGGCUCCUGCUUCAACGGCUGCGUCGAGGCAGGGGCGCACUGAGCGCGCUGCAGGCUCUUCCGGCGGACCAGCUGUGAGCCUCUGGCCGUCACCUCUGGCGGCCGAAGUCGUGCCGUGGGCUUUCCCUGGGAGGGGG